GGUAUUGACAUGGUGGAGAAUUGCAAGGCAGUGAUCUGUUUCAAACUACCUUCCGAACUUGUGGAAUAUCUUUCUCGGUUCCUUGACCGCCAAUGCCAUCCAUGAGUGUCUUGCCGGUCACUGCAGUAUGCGCCAUACACAACAAGUUCACGACCAAUAGCUUUUGUAGGCAACUAUUCUCAACUAUUUUAAAGGAUAAUGAGCGGACUCCGCGCCUCACGGCAUGCGCCGGGGUCCCGACAGUCAACGAGCUGCAGCAAUGCAACCCAUCGAUCCUCAUCCCUACCCGCGGCUCCCGCCCGCGCCGACUGCUGUAAUGAUACUCCGAGUCGCAUACCAACCGCCCUCACCACCUCCCAUCCCUCCUACAACCUCCACAACGCCCAAUACCCGUCACCGCAUGCGAAACACGAACUUGCCCGGUACAGCAAGAUAAUCCGCCGCCUGCAAUGGAAACUUCCUUUCCUCGCCCAAGGCUACAACCUAGCCAUCGAUCGGCUCGGCAAGGAUCCCGUUGCGGUGGCUGAAGCCGAGUUGAUGUUCAAGUUGGACUUUUUCGAAUACUACAUGCUCAUUGAGAGGGCCCUGGUGCACCUCCUUGGGGUGUAUGGUGUGGACGUUCCCAAAGGCGGCUGGAAUCAACCCUGCGCCGAUAACGCCGGAAAGUCAAAUGGGUUGGCGGGGAGCGCGUGGAGCAAGAACAAAGGCCAGCAUCGGUACCAUGCCAAUGUUCUCGCAGCGCUGGAUAAGGAAGAUAACCCGCUACACGAGACACUCGGUACCGGAGAAGUGCGAAAGCGGCUCGGGAGGGCAAAGGAUCUGCGGAAUCGGUGGAAGACAGCGGGAGAAGAAGGAUGUGAGCUUGAGGCCAAUAAUGGCUCUCUUGAGGGUUCCGCCACUGCGAAGGGGGAGCGCGAGUGGCAUACCAAGAGGGUUGCCUCGCCGCUGGAGACGUACGAUCUCGAGAGGAUGCUAGAGAUCAUCUUCAAAGGGCUGGAUGACGCCUACCAUGUUGCCGAGCAGUUUGUACGUGACGGUGCUCGGCCGAAUACAGACGCGGACAUGGAUAUGGUCGAGGAUGAUGGGAGGGUGGGCCAUGAUGGCGUAGGGCCUUGGGAGGAGGAGGACCAGUGGGGGUUCAUGGUGGAUGCUAUGGACUGGGAGGCCGUUUGAGGUGGGGGCUCUGGCCCUCAGGAGGUGGCAUGAGAUCUCUGGCCAUAACGGAGAGAGAGAUUCUGCAUAAACAGCAUGGUCAUCUCUACGGUAUCCUGGCGUUGGCAACGAGGCAGUUACCAGCCAGGAAAGCCAAACGAGACUCUACACAGGACGCGAUCUGAAAACUGAUGCCGUGUGCUUGGGUC